AUGUGUGAGGAAUGGUCGGUCACCCAUGUUACCUCAUCACCGAGGUACCCCCGAUCGAAUGGGAUGGCAGAGCGAACGGUCAGGACAGUCAAGUCCGUGAUGAAGAAGUGUCAUGAAACUGGACUGGACAUCAACAAGGCAAUGCUUCUUCUCCGAGCAACACCAAUCGACGCUCACUUACCUUCUCCACCAGAAAUACUGUUUGGAAGGCCGCCCCACACCACACUGCCCAGCAGGGACCCUACAGGGACUUACCAGAAACCUCUGGAAGUCAAUGACCGACUGGCAUCACGCAGAGAUGAAAUGAAGGCCAAUCAUGACAAACAUGCUGGCCCAGACUUACCUUCACUCUACGUGGGACAGAAAGUCCGUAUUCUUGACCAGCCGAACAAGUCUUGGACUCCGGGUGAAGUAACCAAAGUUUGCAAAGAGCCUAGGUCGUAUGAGGUCAGAACACCAAAUGGAUCUACUCACAGGCGCAAUCGAUCACAUUUGCGUGAAAUGCAACCUCAGCCGCGCGAGGCGCACAGGCAGGCAAAGCAAGCUAAGCGCGUUCAUUUUGAUGAACAAUCCCCGCGAGUUCUAUUCCCACCGAGACAAGGUUCUGACCAGAACAAGCAAAACAGAGAAGCACAGCGGGAUGGAAAACCCACUGACGGGGAAAACUCUCGCCAAACCAAAGCUAAACCUAAGGCUACGGGUACCUUUCUCCAAACCCCACAGACUACAAGAUCUGGUCGUGUAACCAAAAUACCAGCCAGAUACCUCUAA